AUGAGUUUCAUUCGACAAGUUUGGUAUCAUAAUCUCACCCAAGAAUUAGCCAUUCUCAACGACCAACUUUUCAAGUUUCCAGUGAUCGCGAUGGACACUGAGUUCCCCGGCUUUCUCCGAUCAACUCCGAGAGGUGCUCCCGAGGAACAUCUCUACCAAGAUUUGAAGUUCAAUCUAAACCAUUUGAAAAUUCUUCAACCGGGUCUCACUUUGAUGGAUGAGAACGAGCAUGUUGGGUUGUCUUGGGUGUUCACCUUUUCUGAUUUUGAUGAACAAACAGACUUCUCUAGUCCUACGUCAAUUCAAUUUUUAAAGAACAACAAAGGAUUUGAAUUUAAGAAACAGAAGAAAGACGGAAUUCCAUCAACUGAAUUCCGACGUGCAUUUUUGCCGAUCUUUUCUAGCAAUCGAAUAACCAAAUGGAUCACAUUCCAUGGCAUUUACGUGUUGCUUAUUUGUUGA